AUGCUGACCAAUAUUUUGAAACCUUUCAGCGACGAAGAAACCCGUACGUGCACCUUUGGAAGCUAUUCGAUCAAGUUUGUCAUUAGAAAUUUCGAACCGUUAUUAACGAAAACUGUUUUCGCCAUCAGGUACAAGACACGGUCCAACAAGGUCCGCGUUAUCAAGACUCCCGGUGGUGAACUUCGAUACCUCCACAUCAAAAAGAAGGGUACUGCACCAAAAUGCGGUGACUGCGGCAUCAAGCUCCCAGGCAUUCCCGCUCUUCGUCCCCGUGAAUACUCUCAAAUCUCUCGCCCAAAGAAGACUGUAACCCGUGCUUACGGUGGCUCCCGCUGCGGAAACUGCGUCAAGGACCGGAUUGUUCGUGCUUUCUUGAUUGAAGAGCAGAAGAUCGUCAAGAAGGUCUUGAAGGAGUCGCAAGAGAAGGCCGCUGCUUCGGCGAAGAAGAGAUGA